UUUCAGCAUAUCAGGUAUCCAAUGCUCCUUCAUCUGAUACACUUACUGCUGUUGGGGUUGUUGUUUCGUUAGCUGUUGUUAUCGUCAUUGUUGUUUUGGUCAUUUUGCUUAUCCGAUAUAAAAGACAAUCUUCAGAGACGUUAGCUAAACGUAAAGAUUUUGUGAACAUGAAGCCUAUUUCUAUUGUGGAACAAGUGACCAGAGAAUCCUUGUCGGAAUACAACAACCUUAAUAAUGCAAACAUUAUCCGUAACUCAAUCAACAAUGAUGUUGCAAACGAGACCGCAAAGAGAGGCCCCCCGACGAAUAAAUGUAUACCAGUGAACAAUUUACGAGCCAUCAUAUCUAAAAUGUCUGCCACUGAAGAUGCUGGCUUUCAAUAUGAAUAUCAGGAUAUUCCGAAAGGUGAACUUCAUCCAUGUGAGGAAGCCAAUCGACCAGAAAAUAAAUCUAAAAAUAGAUACAAAACAACAUUUCCAUAUGACCAUUCCCGAAUCGUAUUGAACACCACUUCGCCGAGUGAAGGGGAUUACAUUAAUGCUAAUUAUAUAGAGGAUGUUCAGGGAAAACGCUCCUACAUUGCCACGCAAGGUCCGAAACCAAAGACGAUUGCUGAUUUCUGGAAAAUGAUUUGGCAGGAGGAUGUAUCCGUUAUUGUUUGUCUGACCAAUCUCAAAGAAGGGGCAAAGAUCAAGUGCAACCAGUAUUGGCCAAACAUUAACGACAAAUUACAGAGUGGAGGUUUUAAUAUCAGAAACAUGGAAGAAAAAGUGUAUGCUAAUUAUAAUAAAAGACGCUUCAAGUUCUACAAACACUUGGAGCAAAAGGAUAGAGAGGUGGUCAUGUUUCACUACACAAGAUGGCCGGACCAUGGAGUCCCCGAUCCACUCAGUCUUGUCGUAUUCCAUCGUCACAUGAUGAGAAUGUCUUCUAAAUACCCAGGAAAAUACAUUGUCGUACACUGCAGUGCUGGAAUCGGUAGAACAGGAACAUACAUAGCUUUAGACGCCCUCUAUCGGGAAGGGGAGAGAAAUGGUAAAGUUAAUGUACCGAUGUACGUCAGAACCAUGAGAAAAGACAGAAUGAACAUGAUACAAGGCGAAGAACAAUACAAGACUGUCUAUUUGGUACUUUACGAAUCGUUCGUUGGGAAAUCAAGAUGCAUGACAACUGAGGAAAUUUUAAAAGGAUAUCAAGAUAAAUCUUGUUAUGCCAAUUGUGGAGAAGUUUCAUCAAACCCUCUGUCUUCAGACUUUAAGGAGUUGCUAUCUCUAAAGAAAACUUAUACAGAUGCUGAGCAUGAAUCCGGAAGUACUAAUAUAGAAGCCAACUACACAAAGGAUGUCCUUCCUGUGGAAGAAUUCAUGUGCCGGUUAACAUAUACAAAAGGGAGAUCAACAUAUUACAACGCUGUUUUUCUCCAGUCUUACAAAGAACACGAUAGCCUUAUCAGUGCCCAAUAUCCUCUCAACGACUACACUGAAGACUUCCUAAGACUGGUGAAGGAUAUGAAUGUCAGUGUGGUUGUCUACCUUUGUCCAUUAUCUGAUUUGGAAUCCUCUUCUCUUUGGUUUCCAUCCAAAAACAUGGAGAAAACUGUUGGAAGUUUUACAAUAAAGCUAACUUCUUGUGAAGAUUCGGCGAAUGUUUCCAAAGCAAAUAUACUUAUUAAACUAAAGGGCUUAAGUUCAAUGAAGGUAACCGUGCUAGAAUGCCAAAAAUGGAAAGAAGGACAAUCUAUCGCAGAUAAAAGAGACUUAGUGGACAUUGUCAAGGCGGCAAAAAGUGAAAACUUUGAUCACGGAAACAGACUUCUCAUACUCUCCAGUGAUGGUGCCACACGUUGUGGAGCAUUCUGUGUGGUUUAUAACGCUCUGGAACAACUCUCAAUGGAUCAGGAAGUUGAUAUCUUCACCAUCACACGUCAACUUCAGAUCCGUAGACCGGAGUUUGUGUCUACCUUGGAGGAAUAUCAGCUUUGUCAUGAGGCUAUAGCAGAAUAUUUAAGAAAUGAUAGUGUAUACGCAAAUUUUUAGUCUAAGGGAGAUUACCCUCACAAAUCAUUACAACGUUUUCCAAAGACAAUAUACGGUUUUUCGUUUUAUUUGUGAUUUAAUGUGUUUUGUGUCCCCUGCAGACUGCAGUACUAAGGGAUUACUUUACCCGGUGUCUGUCUGUCACACCCUAUAUCUCGAGAACUGUAAAAGGUGUGGAUUUGAUAUUUUGCAUGUAAUUGCUUGGUACUAUGACUUUUGUAAAUUACUAUGGUUACCGAUCUCUAGACUCUUGACCUUAUCCUUUGACCUACUUUUCUAAAUACAUGUAAUUCACAGUGCCGAUUAACAGCAUAUUUUUGACAUUUAAGAGGGACACCUUUGCUAUUUAGGAAUUUGUGCACUGUUUGCAAUAAGACGAUAUGAAAAAUACCAGCAUUACAAUUCACUUGACCUUUGACCUCCUUUGCAAAAAUACCCUGGACAGUUUAUUCUAACUUAUGAUUUUUGAAUUUUGAGAGGCAGGAGUUUGAUAAUUAGCAUUUAUACAUGUUUACGAGUUCACGAUACUGAAUUUUGAAACUGUAUGAUAUUCAGUUACCAUACAAACUUAUAUUUAAAUACCAUGAAAGUACAUCGGGAUCGGUUUUCCACUAUGGAUCGUGUAGAUUGACAAUUGUAGUAAACACAGACUGAAAUCUCUUUUGGAGGAUUGUUGAAACACGUAUUGAUAAAAUGAUAAAAUGAUAUUUCUAAUAAUUUCAAUUUAAAUAUUCAUUUGAGGGUUGGGGAUCGAGCCAUAUUUUCUUUGAAUGUCAGCUUCUAUCGCAGUCAUAUACUACCCAUGGAAGCCAUUUUUUUCUUUGCAGGCAAAUGCAUUUGUACUUUCAUGCUAGAAGUAAAUAAAAAGCUGACCAUUGUUAGAUUUAUGUACAUCUUUAAUAAAGCUACAAAGCAGGUGACACAUGCGUUCCUUGGAACACUCUAGUUUUAUGUUUGGUACUUUUAUUUCUUGUGAGAUCUAGGUGGAAAAGAAAUGUAGAACUAGGAUCUUUAUUGGAUUAAGAUUUGUUCACUACUGAAUUGCAACUCAAUUUUAUUUUUAUUUCCCCCUGAUUUUAUACUCGUUUUAUUUUGACUUGAAAUCAAACCUACAUUUGUUUUUAUUAUCUUAUACCCUGAAAUAUUAAUUUUUACAUGAUUAUACAUACAUCUUAUUAUUU